AAAAUAAGAUAGCCACCACUUACCAGAGAGAGGCAUCUUUAAUAGAAGGAAACAAGAGAAGUUCUCUGUAUCUAGAGAGAGAAAGAUGGGUGUAGUCGAGGAAGCUCACAACGUGAAGGUGAUUGGCACAGGAACUCAAGCAACGAUCGUAUUAGGUCACGGGUUCGGCACGGACCAGUCAGUAUGGAAACACCUGGUCCCACAUCUGCUCGAAGAUUACCGCAUCGUUCUCUACGACAACAUGGGAGCCGGUACGACUAACCCAGACUACUUUGACUUCGAUCGUUACUCAACUCUCCAAGGUUACUCCUUUGAUUUGAUCGCAAUCUUGGAAGAUCUUCACAUUGAGUCUUGUAUCUUUGUUGGUCACUCUGUUUCUGCCAUGGUUGGUCUCUUGGCUUCUCUUAACCGACCUGAUCUCUUCUCCAAAAUCGUCAUGAUCUCUGCUUCCCCAAGGUACGUGAACGAUGUUGAUUACCAAGGUGGAUUCGAGCAAGACGACUUAAACCAACUCUUCGAAGCAAUGGGAAGCAACUACAAAGCGUGGUGUUUAGGUUUCGCACCACUCGCGGUCGGCGGCGACAUGGACUCAGUCGCGGUUCAAGAAUUCAGCAGAACACUCUUCAACAUGCGUCCAGACAUAGCUCUAUCUGUGGCUCAGACCAUUUUCCAAAGCGACAUGAGACAGAUCUUACCUUUUGUAGCUGUCCCUUGUCACAUCCUCCAAAGCGUCAAGGACUUAGCCGUACCAGUCGCAGUCUCUGAGUAUCUUCACACCAAUCUUGGAUGUGAAUCUGUUGUUGAGGUUAUACCUUCAGAUGGUCAUCUCCCUCAGCUUAGCUCGCCGGACUCUGUUAUUCCUGUGCUCCUCCGUCACAUUCGUAAUGACAUCGCUGUCUGAUUGGUGGGGAAGUGAUUUUAAAUUAAUUAAUGGAAAAUUAAUAUCUGAUGUGAUAUGUCUGUCUAUUGAGAAUAUAUUGUCUCGGUGUCGUUUAGUUCUUGGAUUAUAUUUGCUCGUUGUUGUUGUUCUUAUCUUUGUUUAACGAAAAGUCUUUUGUCUUUUGUGUCCAGCUUUGCUCGACCUCACUAUCGCUGUUCUCAUAUAAUGUCCAUGUAAUACUGAUCUUCGUAAUCGACGGUCCACUAGUGAAUUAUUUCAAGUGUAGUGCUA